GAAAUUAGGAUCCAGUUUGUCGAGGACCCAGUUUGUCAUCGACCCAAUUUUGGCAUUCUGAUCACCGAUGUGAACGCUGAUCGCUGAACGUGAACGGUGCGGAUUGAUGAGUUUGAUGACACGUACAAUUAAGUUUUAAAACUUUUCUUUACUUUUUUGUUAUUCAGAAGCUUAUGUUACUGUAUUCACAAGUUUAAAAUAUGCCAAGAUAUUGGAAUUUCUUAGUUUUUGUCUUUUUGAUUGUGUUGAUCGGUGACAGAGCAACAAAAUCUGAAGCUCAAAAGAAAGGACCAAAAGUAACCUCAAAGGUAUGGUUUGCUAUUAAAAUUGGAGAUGAAGAUCUUGGAAAGAUUGAAAUUGGACUCUUCGGAAAAACUGUACCCAAGACUGCUGAAAACUUUAUGGAAUUAGCAAAGAAACCAGAAGGAGAAGGAUACAAAGGAAGUAAAUUUCACCGUAUUAUAAAAGACUUUAUGAUUCAGGGAGGUGAUUUUACCAAAGGGGAUGGAACAGGAGGCAGAAGCAUUUUUGGUGAGAAAUUCGAAGAUGAGAAUUUCAAGCUGAAGCACUACGGUGCAGGAUGGGUGUCAAUGGCCAAUGCCGGCAAAGACACCAACGGCUCUCAGUUCUUCAUCACUGUCAAACAGACGCCCUGGUUGGAUGGUCGACAUGUCGUUUUUGGAAAAAUAUUGAAAGGAAUGGAUAUUGUCAAAAAGAUGGAACUUACAAAGACCGAUGGUCGUGACAGGCCAGAAAAAGAUGUCAUCAUAGCUGAUUGCGGAGUUAUUGAAUUGGAAGAGAGUGAAUUUAUUGCUGUUUCAAAAGAAGACGCUAGAGAUGAAUUGUAAUACAACUUAAUCUCCAUGAUUUGAGCUACGAACAAAGAAUUUUUUAUAAGUUAUUGAGUUAAAGCAAGGUUUACAUUGAUAAUUGUUUCAAACAAGUGUUACAUAACUUACUAGCAUAGUCGGCAUUCAAUCUUUCUACUACUUAAUAUCUAUUUAUGUUUUAAUCAAUCAAUCAUUCUAAACUAAUCACUUGCAUUUCAAUGGGUGAAAUUUAGAGAUCUCACAAAUUGCAUGAAAACUUAUAUUAGUAAUAAGGUACUUUUAUACAUUGCAAAAUUGCAUAAAAACUUGCCAUGAUUGUCGAAACGAACAAAAUAUGAAAGAUCAAAUUUUAUACUGUAUAUUUUCCUAUGCAAUUCUCAACCUUUAUUAUGUGAAGUAUGAUUAUAAGAUUGACUGUGCAUCAA